CGCUCACAGUGCGGUUAUUUUGGGCAGCGAUCGGAGCUGCCGGCACCGGAGGCAGCGGGUGGAGGAGCGCAGCGCUGUGGGGCCGGGGCCGCCCGGGGCGCUGCUGUCGCUCCGCAUCAGCCCCGCUGGAGCUCCCGGCGCUGCGGUGGCCGCGGGUCGGUGCAGGCGGAGGGCGAGAGGAGGACGUCGCAGCACCGCAUCCAGCAUGGAGCGCACGGCGGAGAAGCAGAGUCCGGUGGACUACGGCGUCCAGAUCCGCUUCAUCAACGACCUCCAGGAGCCCCAGAAGGCCCCAAAGGCGCGUGCCAAGCCGGGCUCCUACGGGGUGGCCGUGCGCGUUCAGGGCAUCGCGGGGCAGCCCUUCGUCGUCCUCAACAGCGGCGAUAAGGGCGGAGAUUCCUUCGGGGUGCAGAUCAAGAGCGACGGCUCCUACCCUGCAGGGACCGCCAGCCCGCGGCCCCCGGACCCCCCCCCUGAGCCGGACCUCCCUGAGAACCCCUAUGUGCGCCCACAUCCUUCCUACAGCGAUGAAGAGCACGGCGCCGCCCCGGCGCCCACCCGGCACAAACCCCAUAGAAAGACGGGGGCUGAGCUGCGCCGGUCGCAGUCCCACGGCAACCUGCCGGCCGCCACCGACGAGCCCACGGCCACCGGCUCCAGGAGCAGCGGCACGAUGAGCAUCGCCCGCCCCACACACCGCAAAAGUUCCGGGUUUGGGGUCGCACCAUCCUCAGACUCGGAGAGCCCGGGAUCGCGGCACGCGGGGGGUGACAUCGACACCGAGCCGCUCUCCUCGGUGAAUUCCCUUAUCAGUAAAUUCGAUGGCAAAGUGCAGCAGCGCGGCCGCGCGGCGCGGAGAUCCCGCGUGGCUCCGGAGGAGAGGAAGCGCUCGCAGAGCCUGGACGCCCGCAGCUCCGUUCCCGACGGCCGCGCCGUGAGCGCACCGGCCCCGCUGCCCACCGGGGGGGGCAGAAGCGCGGCGGGGAAUCGCGGCACCGAGGAGCGGCCGCAGAGCAAAGCACAGACAGAGCUGCAGCUGAAGUCGACGCCGGAUCUGCUGCGGGACCAGCAGGAGGUGGCCCAGCCUGGCAGCAGCGAGGACCCCAAAGAGCUCAUCUAUGGGAUCCUGAAGGAGGGGAGCAGGGACAGCAGCGCAAUGCUGAAGAGGAAGGCUGCGCUGGUGCUGGAGAAGCUGCAGGAGGUGGCGGUGCCCACCAAGGGGACGACGUGCUCUCAGCCCCAACACCGCGCAUUGGCCCAGAGGGUGGAGGAGCUGCAGGAGAGGUUGGAUGAGGAGAGCAAGCUCCGCCAGAAGCUGGAGCUGACCAAGGAGCGCGGCACCGCGCGGGCGCUGGAGGAGGCACAGGAGGAAAGUGCACGGCUGCGGGCAGUGCUGGAGAAGAGAAUGCAGGAGCUGCAGAGGAGCAGCAAGGAGCUCGAGGAGGCGAAGGCGGCACAGAUGAGGGCAGAGGAGCAGCUGAAAGCGAUGCGCACAGAGAUGGGGACAGCCAUGGACACCAGCGCUUUGUGCAAGGAGCUGGAGGAGGCCCAGGAGGAGCUGGAGGAGGCCCUGAGCUCCCGGCAGCGAUUGGAGGAGCAUCUGAGGCUGCGGGAACGGGAGCUGACAGCGCUGAAAGGGGCUCUGAAGGAGGAGGUGGCCAACCACGACCGUGAGCUGGAGCGUGUGCGGCUGCAGUGCCACAGUGACAUGGAGCAGCUCCGGCGCAGCGUGGAGGACAUCUCGCAGAACCGGGCUGACCUGGAGUCAGAGAAGCAGAAAAUCGGUGCGGUGGUGCGGAACCUUCAGCGUGAACUGGAGGAGAGCGCCGAGGAGACGGGGCAUUGGAGGGAGAUGUUCCAGCGGAACAAGGACGAGCUGCGCGCUGCCAAGCAGGAACUGCUGCAGGUGAAGAUGGAACGGGAGGAGUUUGAGGAGGAGCUGCGGGAGCUGCGGGAGCGCUUUGCGGCCGCACGGGAGGAGGUGGAGAGGGCACGGAGCAGCGCAGCUGACCCCGAAGAGAUGGAAGCACUGCGCAUGGAGCUGCGCCGGGCACAGAAAGCACAGCAGGAGCUGAUGGAGGAGAAGGAGCAGCGGGAGGAGGUGGUGCGGAAGCGGGAAGAGGAGCUGCAGGUGCUGCGCAGCGCUGUGCAGGAUGAGGCCCAGAGCCACAGCGGAGCCAUGGAGCAGUGCCUCCGUGACAUGGAGCGGCUGCGGGAGGAGAGGGAUGAGGCUGUCAGGGCAAAGGUUUCCCUGGAGGGUGAGAAGAAGACAGCGGAGGCAGCACUGCAGAAGCUGCAGGAGCAGCACGAGGAGCUGCAGAGGAAGGUGCAGGGCAUGGAGGUGCAGUUGAAGGAUUACGAGCGCAUGGGGGAAAACUGGGAGGGCUCCCAGGCACGGCUCCGUGAGAAGGUCACCAAAUUGGAGGCAGAGCGCAGACUCGCAGAGGAGUCAUUGGGUGAAGCCACGGACCGUGAGCAGGAGCUGCUGCGGGCGCAGAGGUUCCUGGAGACGCGUCUGGAUGAGGCACAGCGGGGAAUGGCGCGGCUGACACAGGAGCAGCGGGAGCUGAGCGCAUCCCUCCAGGACGAGCAGAGGCAGAAGGAGCAGCUGAAGCGCGCCAAGAGCGAGCUGGAGGAGCAGAAGCGGCUGCUGGACCGCAGCACUGAGAAACUGAACAGAGAGCUUGAGCAAAUGACGGAGGAGUCCAACCGUUCACUGGCUGCUCUCAAGGCUCAGCUGGAGGAAUGCAAGGAGAAAUCCCGCAAGGAGAUCACUGAUUCCCAAAAACAAGCCAAGGACCGCAGUGCCGAGGUGGAGAAGAUGCAGUUCAGCCUGGGACGGCUGCAGGAUGAGGUCUCCAGGCUGAAGCAGGCACUGCAGGACAGCCAGGCGGAGCGCGAUGGCGCGCUGCUGGAGCGGGACGUGAUGCUGCAGCGCCUGCGUGGCCUCGAGGAGGAGGCAGAUGCCAAGAGGCGCUCCCAGGAUGAUCGCUCACGGCAGCUCAAGGCACUGGAGGAUAAAUCCAAACGACUGGAGGAGGAGCUGGAGGAGGAGCGAAGCACGACUGAGCUGCUGACCGAGCGCAUCAACCGCAGCCGUGACCAGAUUGACCAGCUGCGUGCUGAGCUGCUGCAGGAGCGCUCGAGCCGCCAGGACCUGGAGUGUGACAAGGUCUCACUGGAGCGCCAGAACAAGGAGCUGAAGAGCCGCCUGGCCAGCUCUGAGGGCAUGCAGAAGGUGGGCAGCUCCGUCUCUCAGCUGGAGGCACGCCUGGAGGAGCUGCAGGACCGGCUGCAGGCCGAGGAGAGGGAGAAGAGUGUCCUCCAGUCCUCCAACCGCAAGCUGGAGCGCAAGGUGAAGGAGCUGACCAUCCAGAUUGAUGAUGAGCGGCAGCACGUCAAUGACCAGAAGGACCAGCUAAGCCUGCGUGUGAAGGCUCUGAAGCGUCAGGUGGAUGAGGCCGAGGAGGAGAUCGAGCGGCUGGAAGCUGCCCGCAAGAAAGCACAGCGGGAGCUGGAGGAGCAGCAUGAACUCAACGAGCAGCUGCAGGGCCGCAUCAAGGCACUGGAGAAGGAGGCCUGGCGCAGAGCCGCCCAUGCGGCCACCGACUCAUUACUGCAGGAUGACGCACUCAGCUCUGACGAGGACCUGGACAGUGCCUAUGGACCAUCCUCCAUUGCUUCGCUGCUCAACGAGGCCAACCUGCAGACCAGCUCCUGCUGAGCCCAGCUGAGCCCCAGGGCUGCAAGAACUGCUCGGAGGUCUCUGCCCUGCUGGUGUUGGCCAUCGGCCCUGUUCUUCUGCCUGGCUUUUUGCCCCUGGUGGCCCCAGGGUUUGUGGCUGUGAGGAUGGAGCCUGCAGUCCCCAGGGGCUGCCACCACCAUGAUUUAUUUUUAUACGCAAUCGUCUCCUCUCUUUUCCCUCUCAAAUGCUAUUUGCAAUAAAAUGGACCAUUCCAACA